AUGCAGUGCAGUCAGAAAAUCAUGGGCAAGGAUCGAUACUUCAGUCACAGCAGGAACAGGCGUCGAACUGAGAGUGAAGCUGAGCCAGAGCCACCGGACUACCUUCAGUGCGUGCUGGAGGACUGCCGCCUGGCCUUGACACCUACGGAUCCGGCCGAUAGAGACUUCAUCAUGCCUGCCCAGCCCCGAGUAGAUGUAAUCCUACAUCUGGCGCUGGCUCAAGUGAAGAAAAAGCUGCAAACGAAGUAUACUUUGGACAAGUUGAAAACGAUUUUCUGGAGCUACGAGCAAGUAAUAGCAUUAGAAACUCCAGGAAAUGGCGGAGACAAUGUCCUGGACUGCGCACUCGACUACGUUCUAUGGUAUGGAAAUCGGCGAAACCUCGAAACCAACUGUGUCGUUAUCUGCGCGGAGGAGCCGAUCGCCAGUGAAGAACAGUACUUGCCGCUUGUUGCUGCCAUGGCAAUAAUCCAGAAUAAUCGGGUUGAGCGAGGCGUGAAUAAGGGGACCUUUGGAAUAUUCACUGAUGGCUUUAAAUGGGUGUUCAUCCACCUCAAUAGUAAAAACAAGUAUUCUCCACUCGUGCUGAAUUGGGCCGACGGCGAGGAACAAGCUAUUGUCAACACAAUCGACACAAUACUAGAAACCGCAGCAACAAUGCGACCAUUGUAUGGUCAAUCACCAGGUAACUGGAAGAAGGGCUCGUCAAUAUGGGAUUGGAAACAAUGGAGUGCCCUGUAUGAUGAGGGCGAAGUGACUUCCAAAGCCAACAGUCACACUUCCAACCACGCCUCCUCGUUCCGAUACUGCAAGAUGGCUUGGUUCAGUAAAAUUCACAACAAAUCGAAGGACUCGGCUAAGCGCCAGAAGAAGCCAAAGCACUCGAAGAAGGCAGACGACACCUCCAGCCUUGCAGCCUCCGUUGACGACAAAACCGGCAAGACCCAUGGCAAAAAGACCCCCAGCAAGCCCACCACGAGCACUGAGCAGGCUGCCGAAAAGCCCGCUCCCGAAUCUGCUACCAAGCUUUCCGACAAAGGUGCCGCGAAGCCUGCUCCCAAGCCCACCGCCAAGCCUGUGCAGAAGAAACUUCCCUCCAAAGCUGUCACGGAUCUCAGCGACGUUGAUGUGGAGGACAUGUUCGAUCUCACUUUUGCCGAAAAUCACGGAGACAUCUGGCACCUGGAUGUCUCAGACCGGCGUGCUAUCCCAGACCACUUGCGCGCUACCCUGAGUGAUUACGACUUGGUUUUCGGAAAGGGCGAUAGGAACGAGGCUGUCUGUCGCGCCAGACUGAAUGUGAUCCUCUUCACCAUCCUCGCCGCGAAGAAAAAGGAAGAAUUUGGUCAGUACGGCACGGGAAAGGGUGCGAACAAGCGUGUCUCCACCGAAAGCAACGCUUCCUACAAGUCCCUUCACUGGGGCCUUGAGACCAGCCUAUCUUACCCCUGGACCCACGACAAUACACCAAAGUUGCUCCGGGGCAGGAUGGAUUAUUGUUUGUGGUACGGUAACCACAAAGAUGCCGAGACCAAUAUGGUCGUCGUGACGCCAAAGAGGGGCAGAAACCACCUGGAGGGCCUCCUUCGGGCAUUUUGCUAUCUAUCGAUGAUCAUGCAUGCCCGCAAGAAGGCUAGCCGGCCCAGCACUACUCUUUACGGCAUCGCAAGCGACAGCUUGUUCUGGACUUUUAUUCGACUCGAUACCCAGGGAAAGGUCUCCACCCAUACUCUCAGCUGGAGGGACGGACAACAGAUCGAAAUAGUCGCCCACCUCCAUCGUAUUAGGCAGCGUGCGGCGACCCUUUCCCCCGUCCAGAGCUAUUUCCUGAGCCGCGAACCCACUGUGGAGGAAGCGACCGAAUUUGAUCUCUCCUCGGAGCACGACUACUGA